UCUCAUCUUUUACUACAACACUAUCCAAUUGAAUCAAUUUCUGUAUUUUACUAGUGAUAUUGAGCAAUGGAUUCAAAAAAUGCAGUAUUCCUCAUCCUAGCCCUCUUGGCUAUUAUUCUUCUUACCUCCUCUGAGGUGUCAGCAAGAGACUUAACUGAGACUUCCUCUAAUACCAAAAAAGAGGUAAAUGAUGUCGAAAAUGGUAAUGGAGAAGACGGUGAUAAUGGAAAUGAUGAGUAUCCGGAUAUUGGUGAUAUUGGUGAUAUUGGUGAAAAUGGUGAUCAUGGUGAUGAGUAUCCGGUUAUUGGUGAUGGAUUCGCGGGUAAUGGUCGGGGUUAUAAUGGUGGUUACCCUGGUUAUGGUUGGCGUUAUAAUGAUGGUUACCCUGGUAUUGGUUGGGAUGGUGGUUACCCUGGUAAUGGUGGGAGCUACCAUGGUGGUUAUUAUCCAGGUCAUGGUGGUUAUUUUGGUGGUCAUCAUGGUCAUGAUGAUGUUUAUUUUGGUGGCUAUGGCGACGGUUACUUGGGUCAUGGUGGCUUCUAUUAUGGUGGUGGUUUUCCAAGUAACCGUGGUCACAGUGGUGAAAUUGUUGAUGCGGAAAAUAAAGACAACACUCAUAGGCUCUUGGCUAUGGUUGUUAUUAUAUCACCAGAGGUGUCAGCAAGGGACUUGAUUGAGACUUCUUCUAAUACCAAAAAAGGGGUAAAUGAUGUCAAAUAUGGUAAUGGAGGCUAUAGUGACAGUGGUAGCGGUGGUUACAACAAUGGUUAUCCGGAUAAUGGUGGUGGUGGCUACCCGGGUAAUGGUGGUGCUUACAAUGGUGAUCAAGGUGAUGAUUAUGCAGAUAAUGGUGAUUAUUUCUCUGGUAAUAAUGGGGGUUAUAAUGGUGGUUACCCUAAUAAUGGAGGGAGCUACACAGGUGGUUUUUAUCCUGGCCAUCGUGGAGUUUAUAUUGGUGGUCACCAUGGUCAUCAUGGUGUUUAUUUUGGUGGAUAUGGUGGUGGUAGCUUGGGUCAUGGUGGUGUUUAUAUGGGUGGUUAUGGUGGUGGUUUCGUAGGUAAUGAUGGUCACAAAGAUGAUGUUGUUGCAGUGCAUACUAAAGACAACACUCGUAACUAAUAAUCAUAUAAUCUUUUAUAAUAUAUUUGCUUUUAAUAAUAAAUAUCAUGAAAAAAUAAUGUUGUGUGGAGAUCUUGAAAGGUUUUCCUUGUCAUCAAAUUUUUGUAGCAAUUGUCUAUUUUGUUGUCACUAUAUAGUAUUGUUACUUUGCUAUGUAUACAUCAUUACUAUGCAUAUGUGAUGAUGAGUUUAAUUUUGAAUAAAAGUGGUGAAGUUGUUAUCCUUUGUAU